AUGGCAGACCCCGUAGCUAUCGACCAUGCUGCGCAGGAUGGCCAUGCUCAAACGAACGAUGCGAGCGCAGGAGGGAUGACCAACGACGUCAAGGCUGCUGUAGGGCAGAUGGCUGCUAAAGAUUCAAGUCUGGGAGCUCAAGUGCAUAUGUUCGACCCUGAUGCCACUCCGGAGCAAAAAGCAGCAUCGAAAGCUCAAGCCAAAGCUUCACUGGGACUGCCUAGCUCGUCAACUAUAAAAUCGACUUUGGGUCAAGUUGGGUCGUACGUUCCUGGAGUCACAAAGAAAGAAGACCUGGAUCUGGGUGGAAGAGCCGUUACUAUCGACACUUCUACUGGCAAAUCUGCUCCUGCCCCCACGGUGACCUUGGCCGAUGUAGAUAAAGCUUCGAAAGCUGAGGGAGAAGGUGUUGGUGAGCAAGAUAUACCCGGAGCUAUACCCACAGGCUCAGCACCUCCUAUACCUACAUGGCUCAAGACGGGCUGGAGACAAGUGGCUGGUUUGGGUAAAGAUGACAAGACGGCUGAAGAGUCGAAUAUCCUUGCUGCGUACUUGACCGAGAACAUGUACGGAGCCUGGUUCCAUAAUGCUGGAAUAAUCCUCUUCUCAAUCCUAAUGACCCGAUUCGUAACCGUCUUCCACCUCGGUUGGGGAUGGGUAGUCAUCAUCCUAGCUUUCUGUUCAUCGUACUAUUCUCUGUCCAUCUCCAGGACCAGACAGAGAGCAAGGGAUGAUAUUCAGAGAGAAUUGGUGAAGACUAGAUUGGUGACUGAGACGGAAAGUGCGGAAUGGAUGAAUAGUUUCUUGGAGAGAUUCUGGUUAAUCUACGAACCGGUUCUGAGUCAGACCAUCAUCGCUAGUACAGAUUCUGCCUUGGCUGGUGUUGCGCCAGCCGGAGUCGAAAGUAUUAGAUUGACUACAUUCACUCGUACAAAUACUGACAAUUCUACAGCUCCCAGGAUCGACUAUGUGCGAACAUUCCCCAAAACCCCCGAGGACAUCGUUAUCAUGGAUUGGGCACUCUCUUUCACUCCCAAUGACCUGCAGGAUAUCACUCCUCGACAAGCGGCCAAACGAGUUAACCCUAAGAUUGUACUUACUAUCCGAGUCGGCAAAGGUGCUGUUUCCAAAGGUAUUCCUAUCUUACUCGAGGACAUGAGCUUUACUGGUAAAAUGAGAGUCAAACUCAAGCUCAUGACAAACUUCCCUCACGUCCAAACUGUGGACAUGUCAUUCAUCGAGAAGCCCACCUUCGACUAUGUUCUAAAGCCUCUAGGAGGGGAAACAUUCGGUUUCGAUAUCAACAAUAUCCCAGGACUUGCUCCCUUCAUCCGAGAUCAAGUGCACGCCAACCUUGGUCCAAUGAUGUACGACCCCAAUGUCUUCACAAUCGACUUGCAGCAACUCUUAUCUGGUACUCCUCUCGACGCCGCUAUCGGUGUACUGAGAAUCACUGUGCUCGACGCUAGAGGUCUCAAAGCAACCAAAUUCGGAGGUGGUGAUCCGGAUCCUUACGUCGCCGUCGCUCUCGGUGCUAAACCAGCUGUCACUCACACCAAGACGAUCCCUUCGACAUCGAAUCCUUCGUGGCAUGAAACCCAUUUCAUUCUUCUCAACUCGCUCGCAGACGUCCUCAACUUCAACAUAUUCGACUACAACGAUCAUCGUCCAGACAGUCUUCUCGGUACUGUAUCUCAUGAAUUGGGUACUCUGACCGAUGAUGCCGAACAAGAAGGUGUGGUUGGCAAGAUACUUGGGGGAGGUAAAGACAGAGGAGAGUUCAGAUACGACUUGUCUUACUUCCCUGUCCUCAAGCCUGAGAAGAAUCCCGAUGGUACUGUCGAGCCAGUCCCUGAUACUCUGACAGGUAUUGUUCGAUUAACUUUACAUCAAGCUAAGGAUCUCGAUAUUUCGAAAUUAUACGGUAAUCUCAGUCCAUUCGCCAAGGUCUUCUUGGGAAAUAGCCGAAAGGAAGUGCACAAAACGCAAAUCCUUAAGAACGCCAAUCAACCAAUUUGGGAGUCAUCUUGCGAGUUCUUGGUACCGGAGAAGCACAAUAGUGUGAUCACUGUCAGCGUGGUCGACUCGAGGGAUCUUGCUAUCGAUGGAGAUCUCGGUAAGAUGACUGUCAAACUGACCGAUUUGCUGGAAGCUCGAGCCCGACAACAAGAUUGGUUCCCUCUCCGAGGUAGUCGAGCAGGCAAAAUCCGAUUAACCGCUGAAUGGAAACCUGUCGCUAUGACCGGAUCGAUUGGUGGUGCGGCAGCCUAUGUACCCCCGAUAGGUAUCUUGCGAAUCUGGCUCAAGAGAGCAAUCGACGUGAAGAACGUGGAAGCUGCCUUGGGAGGUAAAUCCGAUCCGUACGUCAGAAUCAUGGGUAAUAACAGGAACCUAGCGAGAACAGAAGUACAGAACAACAAUCUUAAUCCGGAAUGGGAUCAAAUCGUUUAUGUGCCCGUACACAGCUUGAGGGAAAAUCUGAUACUUGAAGUCAUGGAUUAUCAGAAUAUCGGAAAGGAUCGAUCGUUAGGUCAUGUGGAAAUCAAGGCAUCUGAAUUCAUUGAGUCGAACGAAGGAGAGAAACAGAAUGAAUAUCCUUAUAAAUCCAAGGGCUCUCAGGAGAGAAGGGACAAGAUCAAAUUGGAAAAAGCCAAUCAAUAUAAAGGAGAAUUAUUGUAUGAAGUCGAUUUCAAACCUGCUCUUUCGUUAAAAGGAGGAGUAUCGUUCGAAGCUCAAAAGAACGAAUUGGCAUUGGCUGCUGAAGAAGCUGUGUCGCAAGAUGGAGGCGCUCAAGAAGCUUUGGCAGAUACAAAUACACCUUCAAGUGCACCACCACCUAACGGUGAUGGUACACCUGGACACCGACCUUCGCAAAGCACUGGUAAUGCAUCGAUGGUAUCAGCUGUUACCGCUCAGACUACAGUUUCUAAAGCCGAUGGAGCUCUGACUCCCGUUGAAGAUGUUGAGAAAGGGGUGGAUAUGUCUGUGGAAGAGAUAUUGGCUUCUACUUCCGGUGUCCUCGUUUUCCAAGUUAUCUCGGGUCAACUGGCCAAGAAGGGCUCCCUGGAAGUCAUGUUCGAUGAUGGGUAUUGGCCAAGUUUCACUUCUGGAAAAGCGAGAAGUAAUCAUCCUACUUGGGAUCAGGUUGGAGAGGGAUUCAUCCGAGAGCUCGAUUUCAGUAGAACCUGGUUACGAAUCAACGCUGCGGAUGAGAAUGAUGAUGAAGAUAUCGUGGCCGAAUACAAGUGUGAUACGCAUGAAUUCUUGGAACAAUGCAUUCGAGGCCCAGCGGACUUUUUACUUUCGCAAUCUGAUGGAUCCAACCGAUCGAUCGUCCGACUUGCCGCUCGAUUCGUUCCUGUCGAUAUCGAACUCGAACCCCGAGAGAGCAUCAAUAACAUGGGUGUCCUUCGAGUCGAUGUCCUUAAUGCAAAAGGUCUUCAUGGUGCUGAUAGGAGCGGAAAGAGUGAUCCUUACGUUGUAUUCACCCUAAACGGUAUGAAGGUCUUCAAGUCUGAGACUAAGAAGAAGACCUUAUCUCCCACCUGGAACGAGAGCUUCGAAGUUAUGAUACCUUCUAGGGUAGCUGCGAAGUUCAAGUUCGAGAUCAAUGAUUGGGAUAGAGUUGGAAGUGCCACCCCGAUAGGAAAUGGAUUCGUCGAUCUGGCUGAAUUGGAACCUUUCCAAUCGACUGAGUUGACUUUACCUGUAAUUUCCGAGAAACACGGCGAGAAGGGUAGUUUAAGUAUUAGGGUUAUGUUCCAGCCUGAGAUCAUCGCUCGAACUCGACAAAAGACAUCUACCUUCUCUCAAGCUGGACGAGUGGUGACUACCAUUGGCGGUGUACCUCUGGGAGUAGGUAAAGGUGUAGUACACGGAGGUGGUGCGGUGAUUGGCGGUAAAGAUAAGAAUGGAAAAGAAGUCCUGGUAGAACAGCCCGAACCUGGACUUGAUGGAUUCGAAAUACCUGCCGGGCAAGUUUCUGAACCUUCUGGUACAGGAUUAGACGGUGCCAUACCUGGAGGAGGUGUUCCUGGACCGAAGGCCGCUACUUUACCCCUCGGUGAGGGUACCGGACCGAGUGAACCUGGAACAUUAGGUGUAACGGUCAUUGGUGCGAAGGAUUUGAAGGCUGGUACGAAACCUUAUGUCCAGCUUAGAUUGGGUGGGAAAACAUACAAGACUGAUCAUGUAAAGAGCUCAACUCCGGAUUGGGACGAGACUUUCAAUUUCAACGUCGCGCCUGGAACUGCUUCAUUCAACGUUAUAGUGUACGACCACCACACCUUAGGCAAAGAUCCAGAGAUCGGUACGGCUGAAGUCGACAUAUUCAGACAUAUACAACCUGCCAUUCCCAACGCGGACGUUUGGGUUGAGUUAGGUUCAGGUAAUGGUCUAUUGAGAUUACGUCUCGAUUGGAAUACUGGUAUCGGCACUUCCGCUUCUGGAAGGGCUAGAAAUAGAACACCCAGUAUUUCAAGUACCAAGGCUGCUGCCGAAACCAAUGGGAACAGUCCGAGUAAAUUCAGUAUGAGGAGUAUUAAGAAAGCUAGUGUCGAUAAAACUAAUGAGGGUUUAUAA